AUAUUUCAGUGGAUAUGUUCAAGAAAAAGUCGGUCAGAAAGAGGACCAACAGAACAAGUGAUAAAGGUAAAUUCACACACCGGGCCAAAGCCUUUGUCCUUGAUGGAGAAAGCCGACGCCCAAGAAGGUCAUGAUUUCCUAAACGGACUACUAAACGUCGCUAAGGAUGUUGGCAAAGUGAUCGAGCAGCAUCAGAAUGGAACAGAUACCAGCUCAUGCGAUAAUACGACACAGCACGAUGGAUUCCAACUCACCCAAGAGGACAUCGCCAAGAUUGCAUCCGGUGUGGGAUCAUUUGGUGAGUUGAAAGAUGAACUUGAUGGUAGGGGAUGCGAUGACCUG